AUGGCUUCCAACGGACCCGACGCCGAAGCUCUCAUACACUCUGAUGAUCCAAGCCACCCUGCGAACCACAUUUGCACGCUCUGCGCAAAGUUCUACAACUUGGGCUGGGUGACAGGCACUGGCGGAGGAACGAGCAUACGCCAUGAAGACAAGAUAUACAUUGCGCCCAGCGGCGUGCAGAAAGAGCUCAUGAAGCCCACCGACAUGUUCGUCAUGGACUUCAACAGCAAAGAAUAUUUGAGAAGACCACAGGUCCUCAAACCAUCAGCGUGUACUCCCCUCUUCAUGGCUGCCUUUGAACGCGGCGCCGGCUGUUGCAUCCAUACCCACUCGCAAUGGGCCGUCCUCGUCACCCUCCUCGUCGAGCGCGACUUUGGAAAAGACGCGUGCUUCGAGAUUGAGGAGAUUGAACAGAUCAAGGGCAUACCAAAAGGCCGAGGGAAGCAGGGCAACCUGGGCUACUACGAUCGUCUGCGCAUACCCAUCAUCGAGAACACGGCGCAUGAAGAGGAUCUGAGGGAGAGUCUAGAGGAGGCCAUGGAGAAGUAUCCGGAUUCUUAUGCGAUUCUUGUGAGGAGACAUGGGAUUUAUGUGUGGGGGGACAAUGUGCACAAGGCCAAGACGCAGUGCGAGAGUAUUGAUUAUAUCCUGCAGCUGGCGGUGGAGAUGAAGAAGCUGGGUCUGCCUUGGACCAAGGGUUAA